AUGUUCACAGCUAGUACCCAUGAAGCAAACAUCUUGUUCGAAGGCAUUGCUCUUACCCUGUCAUCACUCGGCGCAGUGAAGGGGUUUGAGUUCAUCGAGGACAAACUUGUAAUCCGACUUGACGAGUUCAGUGGUAUCUUGUGCUUGGAGAAGACUGGCGAGCUGAAAACUUGCGAGCCGUCUCUGCAAUGCGAGGCUGAGGAUUUGAGGCCCAAGAAAAGGAGCCGCUACGGAGAAACUCUACGUGUGUCAACAGUGUGUCAAGUUGCUCAACGGCUGGAUGAGGAAAAACCACGAUCACGAUCAAGAAAGGCUGAGGCUGUAGGGGAUGCAGACAGCGUCUCUAACAAAGACGCAAAGCCCCAAGAUGUUGUCAGCCAGGGGAGGUCUUUGCGGAGGGGCGUGAGGCAGAUGCAGCUGGAUGAAAAGCUGGCGAAGCAGCUGCAAAUGGAGGAGGAGAAGUCUGCGAGGCAGCUCAAACCCAAGUGGGUCCGCAUGAAAGGCGGUGGCGACAGGCCGUCCCCGCGGUCCUUCCAUAGUUCCGUGCUGCUUGAAAACAGCAACGGGAGGAUGCUGGUUGUGUUCGGAGGCGAGAGAGCUCACGAGCAGGAGAAGCAGAUGCUGUCGGAUCUGAUGAUCAUGGACUUGGACGAGAUGGUCUGGUUCCGACCCAACGUCACAGGAGUCGGGCCGUGUGCUCGCAGUGGGCACAGCUGCGUGCGACUAGAGCAACACUGCAUCGUAUUCGGGGGCUCCAAUGGGGACGAGUACUUCAACGAUGUCUAUGUACUGGACACGACGCACUGGAACUGGUUUCAGCCGCCUAUCUUGGGGAACAGCCCGAGUCCUCGGGGCUACCAUGCUGCCGUCGUGCAUGACAGUAAGAUGUACGUAGUCGCAGGAGACUCGCGAAAUGGGGCGCUGUCGGAUAUCCACUGCCUUGACCUCUUCACGUGGGAAUGGAGCGAGAUCAAACUGACGGGAGACAAGCUGGAUCCCGCCUGUGGGAUGUGCGCCACUGUCAGCGGCAGUCAAAUCCUCGUCCAUGGUGGUUGGGGCAAGAACGGGAAGUUCAGAUCAGGGAAGACCUUCCUGAUGAUCGAUACCGAAGAUUUCAAGUGCCGAGCUGUGAUCGCUGAUGGAGAUGCUCCCAAGGAGUGUGCUGGGCACACUUUGACGGCAUACAGCAACGGCAGCGCUCUGUUGUUUGGAGGACAGGUCUUUCUGAUUCUGAUGAGACCUGUCUGA